AUGGCGUCGGCUGGCGGUCAAGGGAGUCCUCAAUUUCCUGGAGGUUUAGCUCCUCCGCCUCCAGCUGCAAAUCCCAGUCAUCAAUCUGGGCAACAGGAUGCAAAUGCUGCUAAUGGAUCGAAUAAUACACUGAACAACGAUUGGGUAUGUCCGGGUUCAUUCGAAGAAUUACAUAAGAAAUGCAAAGACUUAAUGCCACAACCUUUUGAGGGUUGCAAACUACUCAUUAAUAAAGGUCUUAGUAGUCACUUUCAAGUCAAUCAUAGCAUCCAUUUAAGUUCAGCAAACAAUUCUUCCUACCAUUUCGGUGCAACUUACGUUGGUAAUAAGCAGCUGUCCCCUACGGAGGCGUUUCCUGUGCUUGUUGGAGACAUGGAUAAUAAUUAUAAUUUAAACGCUCAGAUAAUUCAUGAAAUUGUCCACGGUUUGAGAACCAAAUGUGUCAUUCAGACUCAGAAAGCUGUAUGGCAAAUGGCUCAGCUAGGUCUAGAUUACCGUGGUAAAGAUUUUGUUGCUAGCGUUACAACAGCAAAUCCUAAUAUUAUCGAUGAAUCUGGUGUAGUAGCCUUUCAUUACCUGCAAAGCAUUACUCGGAAGCUUUGUUUAGGAGCUGAAUAUUUAUAUCAGUAUGGUGGUGGGAUGGAAGGAGCAGUACUCUCCCUAGGCGGUCGAUAUACAGGAAAAAAUUGGAUUGCUGCUGCAACUGCUAGUGGCAUGAACGUAAAUAUGACUUACUAUCAUAUUGGGAACGAAUCGGUUCGUGCUGGAGUCGAUCUUGACGUUAAUCUUAGAACAAGGGAAAGUGUAGUUAGCUUAGGUUAUGAAUUGGACGUCCAAAAAGCAAACAUGACCGUAAAGAAUUCAAUCGAUAGCAAUUGGACGAUAACGUCGGUGAUAGAAAAGAAAUUACUACCUAUGCCGUUUACUUUAACACUUAGUGGCAUACUCAACCAUGUAUCAAAUAAAUGCCAAUUUGGUGUUGGAUUUAUUGUUGGAUAA